AUGGAACUACCAACCAUUGGACCAGCUCACCACACAGAAACUACCAUGGAACUACCAACCAUUGGACCAGCCCACCACACAGAAACUACCUUGGAACUACCAACCAUAGGACCAGCCCACCACACAGAAACUACCUUGGAACUACCAACCAUUGGACCAGCCCACCACACAGAAACUACCUUGGAACUACCAACCAUUGGACCAGCCCACCACACAGAAACUACCUUGGAACUACCAACCAUUGGACCAGCCCACCACACAGAAACUACCUUGGAACUACCAACCCUUGGACCAGCCCACCACACAGAAACUACCUUGGAACUACCAACCAUUGGACCAGCCCACCACACAGAAACUACCUUGGAACUACCAACCAUUGGACCAGCCCACCACACAGAAACUACCUUGGAACUACCAACCAUUGGACCAGCCCACCACACAGAAACUACCUUGGAACUACCAACCAUUGGACCAGCCCACCACACAGAAACUACCUUGGAACUACCAACCAUUGGACCAGCCCACCACACAGAAACUACCUUGGAACUACCAACCAUUGGACCAGCCCACCACACAGAAACUACCUUGGAACUACCAACCAUUGGACCAGCCCACCACACAGAAACUACCUUGGAACUACCAACCAUUGGACCAGCCCACCACACAGAAACUACCUUGGAACUACCAACCAUAGGACCAGCCCACCACACAGAAACUACCUUGGAACUACCAACCAUUGGACCAGCCCACCACACAGAAACUACCAUGGAACUACCAACCAUUGGACUAUCCCACCACGAGAGUGGGAGAACACCUGUUCCAGACAGGACACCUAUCAGUACACUGGCACUGACCCGAUAA